ACAAUGCGCGGCGACGGGGGAGCGGGGCCAGCGCGCAGGCGCGGCGCUGCAGGAAGUGGGGCGGGCAGCGCCAAUCGGACGGCGCCACGUCCGCGGGCCAGCGAAGCCGGAAGCCUGGCUCCCGAGCGCUCGGUGAUGGCGCCUCCCGCCGCCCCGCUCCUGCCGCUCGUCCUCGGCCUCGUCCUCGGCCUGGUCCUCGGCGCCCGCGCCAUCUCCUUCCACCUCCCCUCCAACGCCAGGAAGUGUCUCCGGGAGGAGAUCCACAAGGACGUGCUGGUGACCGGCGAGUACGAGCUGAGCGAGCAGCCGGGCGGCCGCACCGACCUGAAGGUGACAGACUCCUCCGGCCACAUUCUGUACUCCAAGGAGGAGGCGACCAAGGGGAAGUUUGCCUUCACCACUGACGACUAUGACAUGUUUGAGAUCUGCUUUGAGAGUCGGCUGCCGACAGGCCAUUUCCGGGUCCCUGACCAGCUGAUCAUUCUCAACACCAAACAUGGAGUUGAAGCCAAGAACUAUGAAGAUAUCGCAAAGGCGGAGAAGCUGAAGCCCCUCGAGGUGGAGCUGAGGCGGCUGGAGGACCUGUCAGAGUCAAUUGUCAAUGACUUUGCCUACAUGAAGCAGCGAGAGGAAGAGAUGAGGGACACCAAUGAGUCGACUAGUGCCCGCGUCCUGUACUUCAGCAUUUUUUCAAUGUGUUGUCUGGUUGGACUGGCCACCUGGCAGGUUUUCUACCUGCGUCGCUUCUUCAAAGCCAAGAAACUCAUUGAAUAAUGGUGAUCAGAAUGUGUGUGUGAGUGUGUACGUGCGUCUGAGUUUGGAGGGGGCGCGUGUGAGUGAUAACUUACCAUUGUUUCUUUGUAUUAAAUGGAGUGCUUUAAGUAUUUGAACAAGGGCUGUGUUUUAAUUUGCAGCAUUGGAGUUGAUAAUUGACCCACGGUCAGGGCUUGAGACCACUGAGUCUUGUGAACAGUCAAAUAAGCUUCCUCUUAUCAGGAUUACAUCAGAUUGACUUGGACCACUCCCCAGGACAAAGAUGACCACAGGAACUCCUUGGACAACAACUGUUCUGUAGAAAUUUACCUCCACAGGCUGAAACUUUGUGACAAAAACAGAAAAUGCUGGAAAAACUCGGCAGGUCAGACUGCUUCUGCAGAGAGAAACUUUCAAUGGGUUUUCCAGCAUUUUUUAUGUUCUUGUUUUAGAUUUCCAACGUCUGCAGUUUUUUUUUGAUUUUUUUUUUCUCAUCUUCUGGAACUACGAAUAGCUUGCAAGAAAGGUGCUGUCAUCUUGAGUGUCCAAGAGAAAAUCUGCAGUAGCCUUUUAACAGGAAAAUAAUUCUCAAGAAGGUACAGUCUCACCUGAAUCAGUCACAGUGGGUCACUGCACCUUUGACUUGUUUUGAGAAGUGACCUGGUUUCCUCAAGUCAAAUAUUUCUGUUCAAUUCCACCUCCCUGGUCUCCAACCCCGUGGGAAUAAGUAGCGAUUUAUCCCCUGAAUCCUGGCCACACACUCUGGAGGCUGCUUGGCUGCCAAGGAGGUUUGAAUUUCUCUUUUUAUUGAGAUACUAUCAUAGUCACGGAGCACAGAAACUGGCCCUUCGCCCACUGAAUCCAUGCAAACCAUCAGGCACCCACUGUACACUAAUCCCAUUUGCAAUAAUGCUGUAUGAAUUUUAAAGAUUGAUGUAAGCAGACUAAACUGAGCUCCAGGGUGGUUGACUGCCUCGUGUCUGGAGUUAUGUGAGUCGACGGGCACGGCACUUCCUGACCUUCACGGCUCGUAUGGAGGGAUUGAGCUAAAGGGGGUUAUUUCUUCUCAAAAUUUAUACUGUACUAAAGUUUGGCUGCCCCUUCAAUCCAGCCCAGAAUGUGAGACAUGGAGGUUCCCCUCCCGUGGAGGAGUGGAUUCUGAGUGAUUCGAUGCCAGGGAUUUGAGCUGGUGAAAGAGGGAGACCUGCGCCAGAGGCUUUUGAUUUGCUUGACCACUUGUUUUGUAUGUUCUCUGCGGGUGACUGUUGUGUGAUUAGUUGGUGGGAGUGACCGGGGUCUGCAGACGUGCGACAUUCCGGGGUCAGUCUGUGGUCUUCCGCUGUAAAACGUUUGAUUAUUUGGGAAUAGUUUUGUGCAGAAAUUGUAAGAAUAAAAUUCUCUUUUAAUUGGA